GUCCCGGAAGUGACGUCGCACAGUGGGGAAGAUGAUGAGCUUGUCUGUAACCGUGUAGAGAUUGAGUGUGUUAUAUUUCUUCUCCCCCCUGUAUGUGUCUUCUCUUUCUCUCGUCAUGAUUCCCGUGCCGCUCGUGGUGUGUGUUUUGUGCGGCUGGUGCUUCGUCUAUCUAACAGACGUGCUUCUGAAGUUGUCUGAGUCAUAUGGUCAUUGUUAUGAGAUGUGGCUAGGGUCAAAGGGUCUGUCUCUCUCUCCGUUCCACAUCCGCUGGCAGACCUCCCUCUUCAACCGCCUCUUCUCACGCUGCGCUCGCAUCAACCCACACGCCCUCUACCUCUGGUUUACCAGUGGUCUAGUGUUUGGGCUGGUGUCUAUGUGUGGUUCGGUGGUGCUGCUAAUUAGAACCCUGCAGCAGACUGUCCAUCAGAUGACAUCAGACCACCCUCAGGGAGCCAAUCAACAAACACUACAGGUGGUGGUCCCAGGUAUAAACCUGCCAGUCAGCCAGCUGGCCUACUUCUUCUCUGCUUUGCUGGUCAGUGGGGUCAUACACGAACUGGGCCAUGCCGUGGCAGCAAUAAGGGAGCAGGUACGUGUGAAUGGUUUCGGUGUGUUUGUGUUCGUGGUGUAUCCCGGAGCUUUCGUAGAUCUCUUCACCACACAUCUCAACCUCAUCUCACCUGCCCAACAGCUACGCAUCUUCUGUGCAGGUAAGAUUCUCACACAUUCAGACACACAUCUCAACUAA